UCGGACCUUGACUUGAAGGGACUUGUACACCUCCCCCAUGGAAGGACAAUAAAGUUUUAUGCCUUUGCUUGUUGCAGUGAGAGUAAAGAAGACGGUGCUAAAGGGACAUUUUUUAGGAUUCAAAUGCAGCUAGUUAGACAUGGAAGUUAUUCAACCAACUGUCAACUUCAAGGAGUCAGUAUCUCUGCCAUUAGGCCAGCUGGUGGAACAGCCGAAAAAAGACAAUAAAGUGCCAAAUCAUCUGUUAGAAUCAAAGGUUUACACCAAACUUCUUAAAAACAGGAUAAUACAGGCUGAGCCAGCUGUAUUGCAUUUUGGUGGCUUUGAACUGGGAAAACGUUACAAGCAAAUAUUGAAACUGAUUAAUCUUUCAUCAGAAGUAACCAAUAUCCACAUACUGCCUACUCAGACAAAGUAUUUUGAAAUCAAAUACUCAAAAAAGGAUCGAUUGGCCCCUGGAUUUUGUUAUACAGUAACAGUCCAUUUCUGUCCAGAUGAAUGGCGCUACUUUUAUGACAGCAUACGUGUUCAUUGUAAGGGAGAUGAUACUCUUCUUGUUCCAAUACAUGCAUAUCCAGUGAUAAACAACUUGGAGAUUCCUUCACAUAUAAAUUUGCCUAGUAUUCCUUUGGGGCAAAGCAAGGUGUGCAUUAUUCCUUUGUGCUGCAGCUGUCCGAUUGACUUUGAAUUUCAGAUCUAUGAAAUUCACCCUCACAAAUCAUUUAUUGUUGAGCCACUUUCAGGAAUAAUACCAGCCAAUGGACAGAUAGAUGUCAUUGUCACCUUCACACCUUUUGAAUAUGGAACAGCCCAAACAACAAUUCAACUUGUAAUCUCUCAGUUUAAUUCACAACCGUAUGUUUGCACAAUCACUGGAAUAUCCACACCAUAUCUUCAAAUAAAAUCCCAAAGCAAGGAUGGAGAAGCAGGAGACAUAUCAACAAAGCGGUUACUCGAUCCUCAGCGUAUAUCACUUUUACACAUUUCCAGGACAAAAAGAAAAUUGAAAUCAGUGCAACUUCAGGAAAAGCCCAAGGAAAUUAUUUACAAAGAUCUAAAGUUUCCACUGGAUUUAUCAAAUCCACAUGCAGUGUCUAAAGUUUUAAUUCAACAACCAGGCAAGUUACGAGUGAAAGAGAUAAAAGAAGUAUUAAACCAGGCUGGUGAUGGUUUAAAGACAAGACAAGUAAAAGAGGCCGCAUUUGAACAAAGGGUUCGAGAGGAUGUGCUUGAAGAGCAAGCCAACCAGCUACGAUGGCAGGUGCACUUGGGCAAGGAUCCUGUGUCUUCAAAAAUAAGAAAGAAAAUUUUGGAAGAGAGAGCUGUAGAUCUACAUACAUAUAAAGUAAAACGAGGUGACCCCGUAAACGAAGAAGAAUUGAAAAGAACCAAGUCAGAGGUGUCAGUAAAAAGAGUUUUGCGGACCUUAGGAGAGUUUCCUAACUACGUUCCUAAAUUUGAAACUUAUCUGAACAAUCCAUGGGAAGUAAGAUACAGAGCUUUAAAACGAUUCCAACAGGCUGCUCAUAAGGUACUGAUUAGGAUCCGGCUGAGUAACAGACUUCAGACUUUAAAAGUACUAGUCCAGAGUAUUAAGCAAAGCAAUAAAGAUGCAGAAGCAGAUAAUACUUUGGGCACUUAUGAACCAUCAGUGCUUGACAACAGAUUAAAAUCAUCUAUGAGGAUGCCCUGCAUUGACAAACUGCUCCCUUUUACCCUUCCCACCUAUUCACCCACAGAUCAGACAGAUGAACUUGCUCCCUAUUCCCUUGGACCUGUACCAGUAAAGCCACCAGACAUGAAUUUUAAACUGAAUGUCCCAUUCUUCAAGUUAAAGGUUCCUCAACAUUACCAGCUGAUGGGGUAUGAACCAGUGUCAGUGUUUGAGACGUCAACCAGUUACAUCCCUGAAGCACUAUCAAGAAAUCUCAGAUCAGGUGCUGAGGAGGAGAUAAUGCCAGAGGUGAUUACAUCACAGUCUGUAGCACCUGAAUACACUUCGGAGGAAGAGCAAGAUCAAGCAUCAAAACAGCAAACAUCUGCAGUCUUAACAUUAACCCCUCCUGAUGGUCUAUUUCAUCCCCCAGAACAUGAUCCACUUAGGAUUUUUAAUCCUGCUCCUGGCUUGUUUUCAUUUAAGCAACCUCUUUCAUUCUUGGAAUCGGACACAGAGUUUCACCUUUGCCCUCUACCACGAUACACCAUUAACAAGAAUACUGGAGUUCCCAAUAGUACACAAAAGAAGUUUCUUGAUCGAGAGGAAGUAAUAGAGGGAGUAAUGAACUGGAAGACUUUCUCACCAGCUGGAAUUUCUACUUUGUCUGUAAUACCAUCCUUGGCAAUCUCUUCAAAUCCUAGAGGAUCUGAUCCAUUUAAUGCAGAUUUACUUCCAACUGAUGUUCCUUUACCUUUGAGUGGCUUGCCAGAUGACCUGAGGGAUGAUAUCAUGGAGGAGAUCAGAUCUGAAAGUGAACGCUUAUCUCUGACAGUAGAGAUGAUCAAGGCUGAAUUUUCAAGUAUUGAAAGUUUACUACCAGACGUGCAGGUUACAAGCAUGCCAGUAAAUGAGGAAAGUGAUACAAAUCUGCAAAGCAAAACACUAUUAACUACAAUAGUGUCAACUGCUGGUCCAGUAUCAAGAGAAUUAAAAGAACAACAGCUGGAGCAAUAUUUGCAAACUUUCACCAACAAGCUUGGAGCAAAAGUCGAGGCACGCACAAAUCAGCUGAACCUGGUAGCCAAGUCUGAUGGCAAAAAUCUAAUAAUGGAACUUAUUUAAUUUAUUAUUUAUGAUGUAUAAUCAUUUUUAUUUGGCAUUCAGCCUUUGUGCUUAGAAUAAUGUAUUGAAUCAGUUCAUUUAAAUUACUACAUGUAAAUUUUAAUUAUUACACUUUUUUAACGUUAUGUUUUUGUAGUAUAGUUUAUUCAAGUCUGUUCUAAAUAUUGGACAAUUUUAUUUUUAAUAAAUAACUUUAAACACAA